AUGUCGUCCCAGCCACUCUACCCGGCCUACCUGCCCACGCGGCCCGACGGCUUCCAGCCGACGGUCGACCUUCCCUACUUCGAGGCCGAGGAGCCCGGGUCACGCGCCGACGCCACCAAGCCGUCCCUCCUCCGGGCCGGCGCCGUGGUGGAGAACAUCACGCCCCGGGUGGGGUCCGAGGUCCGGGGCGUCCAGCUGACGCAGCUAUCCAAAGCCGGCCUGGACGAGGUCGCCCUGCUGGCGGCCGAGAGGGGGGUUCUUGUAUUUAGAGAUCAAGACUUUGCCGACGCCGGCUUCGACAAGCAGAGGGAGAUUGUGCGACAUUAUGGGCCUCUUCAUCAGCAUCCCACCAUGGGAUACCCGGAAGGCACCGGCCCCGAGUUCCACGUCGUCUACGCAGACGAAAAGGCAGGCAACCUCCGAACCCUCCUCGGCCCCCGCGCGGCCUACGAUCUAUGGCACGUCGACCAGACCUUCACUCCCAACGUGCCCUCGACCACCUUCUUCUGGGUUCUCGAGCAGCCGGCCUCGGGCGGCGGCGACACCGCCUUCACCUCCCUGACCGCCGCCUACGCCGCCCUCUCGCCGGCCUUCCGCGCCACCCUCGCCGGCCUGCGCCUCUUCCACACCUCGGCCUCCGUCGGCGAGGUCGCCCGCGUUGGCGCCGAGCGUGCCCUCGCCGAGGCCGUCUCCACGACGCACCCGCUCGUCGCCCGCCACCCCGUCACGGGCGCGCCCGCGCUCUUCGUGAACCCGACCAUCGCGCGCCGCGUCGAGGGUUUCCUGCCCGAGGAGUCGGACGCGCUGCUGGGCUUCCUGCACAACCACAUCCGGAGCCUGGACUUUGGCUGCCGCGUCAAGUGGGAGAGGGGCUCCGUCGUCGUGUGGGACCAGCGCAGCGUCGCGCACAGCGCCGUGCCGGACUUCCGGGACGGCGAGAGGAGGCACAUGGUGAGGAUCAUCCCGUACGGGAGCCGGCCCGAGCCCGCGUUCCCCGAAGAGUACGAGCGGGCCCUGGGUAGAGAGGUGUAG